GGGAGCUGCUGGUGUGCUUACAGUUACUUUACUAGCUUACUGAAAUAAAAAUAAAUAUCCUCUUGACAAAAACCUCUUAAGACUCGACAUUGAAAUUGAAAUUCUUAGGAAGGGAUAAUAGAUCAAAACAUUGUUUCAUGGCUUCGUGCCGCAUUCAGUGCUACCUUAAUCUUCCAUUCGCUUCCGAUGCGGCGCGUUUUCCGUUCCCUUCUCACUCUUCACUCCCUCCUAUUUCUUCUCCUAUUAUUUCUACUUCUCUCUUCACAACAACAAAGAUCCCUUUUUCAAGUGUUCCGCGCCGCACCUUUGGAACAGUGAAGACUCAAAUGACUACGGAAGAGAAGCCUCUCUCUCAAAACAACAAAAUGCUAGUGUAUGUACCUCCCCAUCCCUUGAUCAAGCACUGGGUUUCGGUUCUCAGGAAUGAGCAAACUCCUUGUCCCAUUUUCAGAAAUGCAAUGGCUGAGUUGGGAAGGCUGCUAAUGUAUGAAGCUUCAAGGGAUUGGUUGCCAACAGUGUCUGGAGAGAUUCAAUCACCUCUGGGUGUCGCCUCAGUGGAAUUCAUUGAUCCAAGGGAGCCUGUAGCUGUAAUUCCAAUCUUGAGAGCUGGUCUUGCUCUUGCUGAACAUGCAUCAUCAAUAUUGCCCGCAACAAAAACAUAUCAUCUAGGAAUAAGCAGAAAUGAAGAAACUCUUCAGCCAACUAUAUAUUUGAACAAGCUACCGGACAAAUUUGCAGAAGGGUCUAAAGUAUUUGUGGUUGAUCCUAUGCUGGCAACUGGUGGUACUAUACUGGCAGCCUUGAGUCUCUUAAAGGAACGUGGAGUUAGCAAUGAGAACAUUAAAGUGAUAUCUGCAUGCUCUUCCCCUCCGGCUCUUCAAAAGCUAAGCGAGCAGUUCCCAGGGCUUCAUGUGUAUACUGGAAUAAUUGAUCCCACAGUUAAUGACAAAGGGUAUAUAAUUCCUGGCCUUGGAGAUGCCGGGGAUCGCAGCUAUGGUACAUGAUAUAUGAAUGUUAAUUAUUGGUUUAAUGUAUCAAUUUUGAGUAAAGUUAUCAAUACUUUACAGGUUUUUGGUUAUUAAUGUUAUGAAUCAAAAUAAACAAGUGUUUAAAUCAUUUUUUAGUUUCAUUUUGUCCAAAUACCCAAUCAUUUUGAAUGGGGAGGUUACGGGUCUAGGUCAGCUUGAUAACCUUACUAACCGAAACGAUUAAUUGUGAAAAAAUGGUUUGGUUUGGUUUGGCUUGCAUAUUUUAAACUGGAUGUGUUCAAA